AUGGCACACGUUCGUGAGCGUGAAGGAAGCUUUGAGAAGGAGUUUGGCACAGCCUGGGAAGUGAAGAAACGCAUCGCUCGCUACCCUGUUUACGGAACACGUGUUGAUGUUUGGAAGGGACGUGCUUUGAUGACCAGGGGUGGCAAGCUUAUGAGGGACAAUCUGGGGCUAAAGAGAGGUGCCACAGGCAUCAAAGAGCAGAUGGCAAGCAACAACCCCGCCACCGUUGAGGUCACGGACAAGUUCAAGUCCGAUGUACGACUGUGGCUCAGGUUGACGGAGCAAAAGGCACAGGUCUCAAAGGAUAUCAAGGUUCUCAACGAGAGACUGCGGGAGCUGAAAGAGAGCGUGUGCGACUUUAUGGCUGCCAAUCAGUUGGAUGCCUGCAAUAUCGCGGGGGGCAAAGUGCAGCUCUAUCGCACAAAGGCCAAAGAGGCGCUCACAAAAGAUUCGAUCAAGACCGCCAUCUCUAGCUUCUUGGCCAGCAGAGAAGGCAAGCCGAACGACCCCGUGGCUGGGGAGAUGGCCGAGUUCAUCCUGGCCAAUCGCGCAGUGAAGGUCAACCAUGCACUUAGGAGGAGCGGAGGGGCCAAGAAGGGUCAAGGAGGCGACAACAGUGCCACAUCGGCACUUAGGGAACAGCCGCCCCCGCAAGAAGAGGAGGAGUCUUCUCAGGACGAGAAUGAUGUCUGA